AGAAAUUGAGGUUAAAGGGAGUUCGAGUCCUCCCAAAUCUGGUGUCAAAACUAGACACGAGGAGUCAAUACGGAUUGUUGUACACCAUUCUUCAAGACUGCAGCCAUCCUGGAGUGGCUGGACUGAUGAUUUAUCUCUUAAAGGAACAAGUUAACCAAGCCCUUGGUUCGUCAGUAGAUGAGGCCUGGUUCCAAGGCAGUCGUCUGAUGUCAAUACUUCAGCUAGUUUUCAAACCUCCCUCAGAAGCAGGGACCGAAAAGGACCUGGUGCAAGAAACCGAUAGGAUUAUGGCAGCUCUUAAUUGCUUGAGGUUUAUCCUUCUUAGAGACGAGAGUGACAAGACAAGAGUUUGGGAAAACUUUACAGCCAUUGAAAAGGAUUUCAUGGAGCCUCUGAGACAGGUAUUAACAGUAACCAGAAUACAAUACCAAGCAGAGCUUACAAACAAGCGGGAUGAAAUGGCUGGAAAUAAAAGUAAAAAGGCGCAGCAGGGAAUAGAAUUUAGUGUUAAGAGUCCUGAUGGAAAUUCACUAGGACUAUUGCCACUCAGUGACCAGUGCGAGGCGCUGCAAUCUGGCCUGUACUCUUUGGACAUGAUGGAGAGUGUGUUGGCCAGAAUCUCAGAAAUUGCGAGCAGUAGAGCCAGAGGUGGAAAAUGAGAUUCCUUGGAGUCUGCGUCGCGAUGUGACCGGCGUGUUGCCUGCAGCGGGGUCAGUGUGGUGAAAGCUAAUGAAGAUUUUCCAAGACGUGGAAAGAUACCCGGAAUUUCGAGUGACACAGUUAAACAGUAUCAACUGUAUCAAUUAUCCAUCUCUGACUCGUAGCGGGUUGAAGACAACAUUCAAGUUUCAGAUAACAAUCACGCGCCCUUACCAAUCACGCGGUAGUGAACAGUCGAUAGGAACUUUCACAUGCGUGUAUAAACUAUGCAUGAACUGUUAAUGAACACUGAUUUCCUCGCGCAUUAUGAAAACGCUAAUCAAAGACAUUACACAGAGCUAAGGCAUCAGUGCGACAUUUUCGCCUCGAACGUAUUAAGAAGUGUCUCUCUCGGUACGCUCCAUGAUAGCUGUUACUUGGGUCAUUAAGAGGAGUGUCCAAGGGUGAUAGGGUAUUUUUGGGGCACGGGUCGGUUACUGUUGUACUGCAAGUAGAGGAGAAGGUGCUUUUCAAUUCUCUCCCUGGUCCUCACUAUACCAAUUCAAUUUAGGCAGCGCUCCAAGCAUAUUACACCCCCACCGUAGAAUCUCAGUAAUAGGCCCACCCAAAAAUACCCCCUUACCCUCCAACGAAAGCCCCUGACUCACUGUCCGGCGUAAAAAGCGCUCCCCUGAAUAUAGGCUCAUGGACUGAUAUUUAGUUUAACCUCCCCCACCCCCCACCUGAGACUUUUUAGAAAAAUGUUCAGGGACAUGUAAUGUCCACUUGGGCACUGUAGAGCUUCUCUUUUGCUUCAUAUCGUCAGUUCAGAGGGUUUUACCAAGUAUUAUUCUUAUUUUCACCAAAGCAAAAUUCAGAUGCAAGAUUCCUACCAAGUAUAAACCCAUACAAUUUUUUAAACGACAUAUAUAGUAAGUGUAAGACUCCUUUAAAUCGCGCCCACCUGAAAGUAAGAUCACCAUUUAAGAUGUUAAGCAAAAGUCUAGUCGAGAGCUCAUUAUAAGAAAAUUUAAAGGUAAUGUCAACAAGGUGUCUUAAAAAGUGUUAGCCCUUCCUUGGAAACCCAGAGACAAUUAAUUGAGGCGGGACGAAGUGAAUCGGGCAAAAAUUUAAAAGCACGCCAAUCUUGUAAACUUUUGCCGCCGCAAUUUUUGCCGGGUUUCGUCCAGCUGUUAAAUUUACAGUGGUCAAAGAAUGUUAAGGUGAAAACUUUCACACCCAUAAUUGUUUCCUGUUGCCCAUAACUUUACAAACAGCGGCCAAAAUAUAAGAAAAACUGAAGUGAUUAGGUGGGCUGAUAAAAAAGGACAUCUAACCGCUUUUCAGCUCAGCAACUGUCAAGCAGACGCUAAUUACAAUGGUGAUAUUAAAAUUUGAUACUUAUUAUUUGAUAACGCCGUUUCACAGAAGCGGCAACUUUCUACAUGAUAUUGAGUCCUAAGCAAGGACAAUACCGAUCUAGAUAAUGAACUAUAAACUAGUACAUAACCAGUGUACGUUUUUCUGAAAAUGAUGUUAAAAUCGGUCUAGUGCACUGAACCAACCAAUAAGGUUUGUCACAAAACGGCUUCGAAAUAAAGAAAUUUUAGAUAUCUUUGUUUCGUAUGAUGUUUAAGGUCCGACAGUGAGUGGGAAUCGAAGCCGGCUGCACCGGUAAGCGGAAAUAAUCAAGGAAGCAAACUGCUAGAAUGGAAGACAAAGACAAAGACGUCUGAUGGUGAAGAGAAUGAAAUAACCAGGUCUAUUUUGGGAUCGCAAACCGCUGAAGAACUGGAAAAUCAACAUAGUUCUGCAGUUAAGAAAAAAUGAACUAUCACAACCC